GGUGACAAUAAUUAUUUAAAAAAUGUCUACGAUUACGUUUAACGGAAUUGCGCGUUGGUGCGCGGUUAUGUUGUGUAGCUGACAAGUGGAUAUCGUCUUGUUUAAUGUCUAACUCAAUUUAUCACGUGUCUAACCUAAAUCUCUUACGAACACCUCGUAAGAAAUUAAAGCUCGUAUAAAUUGGAAUGAAAACAUCGCAAUUGGAAUGGCUGGGCGAUUAAGCAACAAGGCGAAGCUCAGGUCGUUCCUGACCGUGACGAGUAGCGCUGUCGUUCUGUUCGGCGGUAUCUCUCUCUACCAGGGCAACGAGAGAUUUUACAGUGACGUCGCGGUGCCGCUGGUGCAGCUGAUAGAUCCGGAGACCGCCCACAAGCUCGCGGUGAAGGCUCUCAAGUAUGGCCUCGUGCCGAGGCAGAAGACGGAAGAUCCCGCCUCGCUGCGGACGACCGUGCUCGGCAUGCAUUUCGAUAAUCCAAUCGGCAUGGCAGCGGGAUUCGAUAAGCAAGGGGAGGCAGUGCAGGGACUGCGCAACAUCGGUUUCAGUUUUGUAGAGAUAGGUUCCGUGACGCCUAAACCUCAACCCGGCAAUCCGAAGCCCAGAGUGUUUAGAUUGCCGGAGGAUAAUGCGGUUGUAAAUAGAUAUGGAUUUAACAGCGUCGGCCACGACGUCGUGUGGCAACGCCUCAAGGAAUUGAAGGGGAGCAAAAGUUUCAACGGCAUUCUCGGCGUGAAUUUAGGGAUGAACAAGGGGACGAGAGACGCGACUCAAGAUUACAUCGACGGCAUAAAAAGAUUCAAGGAUGUAGCGGAUUAUUUUGUGAUUAAUGUGUCUAGUCCUAAUACCUUGGGUUUAAGGUCUCUGCAGAACAGGAGCAAUCUGGAGGAGCUGCUGACGCGGAUAAACGCAGCGAGGGAAUUGGCGGGUAGCAGGCAGCCGUUGCUCCUAAAGUUGGCUCCGGAUCUGUCGGAUUCCGAGCGGCAGGAUGUGGCGGAUGUGGUUUUGAGCAAGAGAUCCCGAGUCGACGGCUUGAUUCUGUGCAAUACCACGGUUACACGGCCAAACCUGAUUAGUCCAAAUAAGGAGGAGAGCGGUGGACUCAGCGGCGCGCCUCUCACAGACAUUUCCACAGCUAUGAUAGCUGACAUGUAUAAACGGACGGGCGGCAGCAUCCCAAUUAUCGGCGUGGGUGGCGUGUUUUCAGGAUCGGACGCUUAUGUCAAGUUAAGAGCCGGCGCUUCGCUGGUGCAACUCUACACCUCGUACAUAUACAACGGGCCGCCGAUAGUUGGCAAGAUCAAGAGGGAAUUGUGCGAGAUACUCGAAACCAACGGGUUUUCUUCUGUGACUGAUGCAAUAGGCAAGGACGCCAAGAAUAAAUAGACGUUUCAAUUCUGUCGCGAUGCGCACAAUUAAUACGCGUUAUAUAUAAAUUGCCCCCAUUUGUAGAUAAAUAGGAUUUUGUUAAACUGUUUGUAUUGUUAUAAUUAAGCGAGGAUUUCCGUUUAUAUUAAAUCUGUAUUCAUUCAUUUA